ACGACUAACCCUGCACAUCAGUCAAAAUGGGACGUGGACCAAAGAAGCACCAGAAGCGCCUCAGCGCGCCCUCGCACUGGCUUCUGGACAAGCUGUCCGGUGCCUACGCCCCCAAGGCGUCGCCCGGUCCUCACAAGCUCCGCGACUCGCUGCCUCUGAUCAUCUUCCUCCGCAACCGUCUGAAGUAUGCGCUCAACGCCCGCGAGGUCAAGGCCAUCCUCAUGCAGCGUCUUGUCAAGGUCGACGGCAAGGUCCGCACCGACUCUACCUUCCCCACCGGGUUGAUGGACGUCAUCUCCAUCGAGAAGACUGGCGAGAACUUCCGCCUCAUCUACGACACCAAGGGCCGCUUCACCGUCCACAGGAUAACUGAGGAGGAGUCACAAUACAAGCUCGGCAAGGUCAAGCGUGUCCAGCUCGGCAAGGGCGGCAUUCCCUACUUGGUUACGCACGAUGCGCGAACGAUCCGCUACCCCGACCCGACCAUCAAGGUCAACGACACCGUCAAGAUCGACCUCUCCACAGGCAAGAUCUCCGACUUCAUCACGUUCGACACUGGUGUGAUCGUCAUGGUCACUGGUGGUCGUAACAUGGGUCGUGUUGGUGUCAUCUCCCACCGUGAGCGUCACGACGGAGGCUUCAACAUUGUCCACCUUAAGGAUGCUGUUGACAACGAGUUCACCACUCGUGAGACCAACGUCAUUGUCAUCGGCAAGGAGAAGCCAUGGAUUUCUCUGCCCAAGGGCAAGGGCGUUAAGCUCUCGAUCGCUGAUGAGCGUGACCGCCGCAGGGCGUACGCCGUUGCCGGCCACUAAGCGUGCAGGCAAGAGGGGCAGUUUGUAGCAGUAGCAUAUGAGGUUCCAUGACCGUAUGAGGUGCGGUGCAGGACUCUGAUUCAAAAACCAGGCGUUGGUCACUUGCGGGGAAGAUUAACGGGUCUGGGGCAUCUGCAUUUCAUAUGAAUACCAAAUGAGAAUCAAACAAAUGAACACUUCAACUGCCGUUUUGAUGAUAGCGAUGUGU